UUUACGAGUUUAUUAAUGUGAAUAAAAUAAUAAAAGUCAUGAGUGAAAAUAAAAAAAAAAACGUUAAUACAAAGUGAGCGAAAACUGAAAAAAAGGAAAACAAAAAAGAAUGAAAAAAUUGCGUAAGUGAAUGAAAUCAAAGUAUUGAAUAAGGACCAGUUAAAAAAAAAAAAAAAAGAUAAGAUGAAGGUGAUGAGAAACCAAAGGAAAUAAAAAGAAAUGAAAAGCAAUAUGAAAAUAAAACAAUGAACAAUGUGAAUGAAAGAAAAAGAAAAUAAAUAACAAAUAAUGGACACGAGAAAACAAAAAAAAAAAUAUCCAAAAGAAGAAAUGUGAGUGAAAAUGAGAAAUGGAGAAAUGUGAUAAAGAGGAACAAGGGAAAAUACAAACAUGAGACUGUCUGCAGGUGUGAGGUACGAAGGUGACACAGGGAAGGAAAGAAACCACCACGACAGACACCCACCAGAGACCAGCUAGAGGAACAAGCCACCUGCAUCCCCUACCGUGCCUGAGACCAGCAAAAGACCGACACACACACACUCACACACUCACACACACACAUACACACACAUAGCAGCCUGAAUCAACUUCCCUGACUCGAGAGCACCUAAGCACCGUUUUCCUCGUAUUACUUGAGUCACUCCGCCCCGCUCCCUUACUAACCUCCCUGGAUUUCCUGUUACGUCACUGAGAAAAAAAAUAUCACGCUUCUUUGUCACUGAAAAAAAAAAUAGCCACGUUUCCUCAUUCCUCCUCCAACGAUGAAGAAAGCCUGAUUUUUUCUACACGCAAAUGUGAAAAAAAUCCCCUUGAAAUAAGUCGUCUUUAUGUCUAACUUCAGGAAAGACUUAGAGGAGUGAAUGCUUAAGUCCCCCACGAGGAAAUCUGAAGGGACUUACGGCUUUGUGAGACCAUAAAGAGCAAUAAAGGUCACAUUCACGACUCAAUACCACGUGAUCUGAUCCAAUCCAUAAAAGCAAGAGAAGAUCGCAGCCUUUGAAAUUAAAAAAGAAGAAAGGUAAUAAGGAAAAUAUUUCUUGGGACCAUAACGAAAACAAGAAUCAGGGAGUGGAAGAAAAGAAGAUAAAGAAAGGGAAAAGAGAUAAAGUAAAAGAAGAAACAUCACAAGAAGACCGAAAUAGAGAAUAGGACAGAACACGUGCAGAACAACACCAGAACAGGACCAGGACGCAGCAGAAUAACACUUCAACAUGAGUGAACAGGAGGAAGGCACCACCACCAACAUCACCACCUCCACCACAGUCACCAUCACCACCAGCAGCAGUGGGGGAGGGGUAGGGGCAGGAGAGCGCUACACACCUCCACCCCCUAGAUCAAGCUCCGCCCCCCGUGACCCAGACUGCACUCCCCCUAAGCCGACCCCAGUCUCCUCUCAGCAACUGGAAGGGAGCGCCGCCCCUAACCACGUGUCAGCGCCCAACGCCGAGAUGUGGCACCAUCCCCAGCCCCGGGAACCCACCCCUCAGGACCAUCCAGGGGGCCUGAACCUCACGGUGCUGACCAGCGUCGCCGCCACUCCCACGCCCACGCCCAGCGCCACGCCUGUCAGCGAGGUGGGCGUGGCCAGCAACGUCAUCAUCAGGGAGGACGUGAGCCUGUCCGCUCGCACGCCCGUCAAGCAGGAGGAGGAGGAAGAGCUCAAGCACGCCUACACCGCCGCCCACGCUCACGCCCACGCCUACAACCACGCCCUCCAUGUCGCCAAGGCUGAGGUGAAGGGGGAGAUGGGGUCGCCAUCACCAGUGCAGACCAACCCGAUUCCAGCCACCGUGCACGACCUGGAGCAGACCACCUACUCUCCUUACACGGUUCAAAGUGUGGUAGUGUACGACGCCGGCCACCCAGUCGAACACGUGCACGCCCACACAGUCGAGCCACACCCCCACGGCCACCUGAGCAGCGAGGGCGCCACCUAUGCCACCCUGGAGUCCGCCCCUGCCAUCACCACCCUCGCCUCUCUAUCCUACACGGAGCCCUACCACUACUACUACAAAACGCAGGAUAUGUAUGUGAAGGACGAGGGGCGGAGGUCAGCGGGGUACGACUUCGUGCAGUCCCCAUACGCCACGCCCACCGCCCACCCACAUGCCAGCACCCACGCCCACCUGCAGAAGACUGACGCCUCCAUGUGGGCGACGGCAGCGGAUUACAGUCAGCUGGCGCCCGAGGUGCUGGAGAGGUCUACGCCCCUCACCCACCACGCCUACAUGACCGCCGCCCCCGCCUGGAACACGCCUGCAUCCUACGACUCCAUCCUGCACACCGCCUCGGGGGAAACCUACCGCAGGAUCGAGCCAGGCGACCCGGACAGCACUGAAAACCGUGAGUGCGUGAACUGCGGGGCCAUGACGACUCCACUGUGGCGGCGGGACUCGGGCGGCCACUACCUGUGUAACGCGUGUGGCCUGUACAGCCGCGCCAAUGGGAUAAACAGGCCACACGUCAGGAGCCAGCGACGUCCCAUGAGCCCGCAGUACGUGGCCCCGUCCACGCCCCAGCCGCAGCGCCGUUCCGGGAUGACCUGCUCCAACUGCCAAACCACCAACACGACACUGUGGCGCAGGAACAACAAUGGGGAGCCGGUGUGCAACGCGUGUGGUCUCUACUUCAAGCUGCAUGGGGUCAGCCGCCCCCUUACCAUGAAGAAGGAGGGGCCCAUUCAGACACGCAAGAGGAAGCCUAAAAGCUCUUCUUCCUCCUCUUCUUCUUCCUCCUCCUCCCAUCACCAACCGACCUCCAGUCGCUACGCCGCCUCCACCUCCUCCUCCUCGCCCUCCCCCAGCGUAACCAUGGGCGCCGCCACUUCCCUGAAGCACCACCAGUCACCAGCCUAUGUCUCCACCGUGAUCACCAACUACGCGGACCACCAUGCUGCCGAACACUACGCAGGGGGCGCCGCCGUGGCCCUGCAUGACCAGGGCGCGCACCUCCUGACGGCGGGCGCCCACACCCUGCCCCACGCCGCCCCGACCCAGCUGGUGUCCUACCCUUCCCCCUCCUCCACCCCCCACCAUGUGAUUCCCAACUCCCAGCAUUUGUCGCACCAAGUUAUGAAGCAGAUCCCGGUUCUCGAGCCUCUAGAGGACGCAAACAUCAAGUAUGAACACACUACAUAAGGACAACAGAAGAAGAAGAAGAAAAAAAGAGAAAGUGAGAAAAGGAGAAAAGGAAGACAACGAAAGGUGACCAGAAUCCUGACUCCCGGACAUCUUUGCCUUAAAAACCUUGAAAAAACAUCUUUGUACCUUAAUUACAAAGGGCGUUACUACUUUACCUCUAUCAGUACGCCACGUCAAAUUUAACUAUGCUCUUGUUAUCCUCCCCUAUUUAUCAGUCAGUGGCUUAGCAUGUGUUAUAUUUGCUCCCUAGUACUUAUAAGAGUCCUAGUACUUAUGUAUGCCUCCUAGUACUAGUUAGCACAUUAUAUGAACCCUUUCACUGCGACACGAAACAAUUAGCAGCACCAGAAGCAAUGCGUGAAGUCUUUAAAAGGAUCUACAAGAAAGUUAGCUAUAAAAAAGGAUACAUUUUGCAAUUUCUUCCCAGUUCAAGGAUUGGACGUGGCUGUAGAACAAGUAAAGAUGUCUCAGAGUGGCUGGUAAUUAGGGAAAGGAGUACCAAAUACCAGUCAAAGGGUUAACUAGGGCCACACUUGCCUACACCACUCACACACUAUAAAUGCAUAGCCACUUCACUUAUUAUGUGUUAUAUAUAUAUUUUCUAGUACUUGUGAGGGUCAUAAUACAUCUUACCUAUUUCUCCUAAUACUAGUGAGAGCAUUAUAUAUUAACCAGAACUACCCACGCUUGCCUUUAUCCCCUUCACAUCUUCUAAAACGCACAGACACUUCAUCUGGCACUCUGAACUUGACCCUGGCAGCAUAGUAGAAAUCCUGGCACCCUUCCAUGGCACCAAGUCUAAGGGCCUGGCACUCCACCCAAGACCCUGGCGUGGAACUGAAAGCUUGGAAUGGUGUUAAAUUGUUGCGAAGUGUUGAGAAUCCUAAGAUGACAGUUUGUGGUGAGGCGUUUAGUUAAUGAUGGACCAAAGAGACAAGACGGCAUUAGAGAGAGAGAGAGAGAGAGAGAGAGAGAGAGAGAGAGAGAGAGAGAGAGAGAGAGAGAGAGAGAGAGAGAGAGAGAGAGAGAGAGAGAGAGAGAAUAUUCUAACGCAGACAAUGGCAUGAAAAUGUUAAAAUAAGAGAAAGUAGCUGACAGUUUAGAUAAUCUGCCUCGUAUUUCCCGUGAGUCGCGGCGAGGCAGGAAAACUUGAGUGAAUAACAGUCAAAUACAUUACGCUAAAUAGUGAAAGGAAAAAAUGGAUGAAAGAAAAAAAAAGAAGAUAAAGAGAGAGAAAGAGAGAGGGAAAGAGGGAGAGAGGCAUUACCUCGCGCGCAUUAUUGUAUUAUUUCUUAAGACUGUGUUGUUGUUGUUGUUGUUGUUGUUGUUGUUGUUGUUGUUGUUGUGUUUUUGUGUUUAGUGAUUAUACAAAGGUGUGUGUGUGUGUGUGUGUGUGUGUGUGUGUGUGUGUGUGUGUGUGUGUGUGUGUGUGUGUGUGUGUGUGUGUGUGUGUGUGUGUGUGUGUGUCAGGUAGAGCAGAAAAAAAAAAUAAAAACGAAACGUGGCACCAGCGCAUUUUCCGUAAAUAUGUGGCAUCACUGUAAAACCAAGAAAUAAUUCGUUGAUGUAAUUGUUUUUGCAUUAUUUUUCAGCAAUGUGGGAUUAAUUAUUAUUAUUAUUAUUAUUAUUAUUUCCCAGGUAACCUUCUUCCCACAACAUUUAUUUAAUUUCCAAAGCUGUGUUACUUGCAGUGGUAACGUUUCCCCUCGUAACACAUUCUGGUGUAUUGCCAGAGUGAGGGUUAGGGGGAGGAAGAGGUGUGAGGGCAGGAAGAGGAAGUAAGGGGCAAUGAAGCAGACAUAUCACUUCUUUAAAGAAAAUUCCAUUCCAUUAGCUAUAAUUUUUCCCUUCUGUACAUUUCACAACUGUUUCCCUUUCAGUAUAUUUCAUUGUUUCUCUUCCUAUUACUCUCUACUUCAAGAUCCACUGCACAUCUCUCCUUUUUCCUAAUAUUUUACUUUUUUUUUUUUUAAGGCUAAAGAGAAAAUUAUGGAAAGAUAUUUUUCAUUACAUUCCAAUAACGUACAAGUUUCUCCCCAUUCUUUUUUUUUUUAAUAUAUCAACGUUUGUCUCCUUACUUUCUUUUUUUCAUUUCUUUCCAUUAAUUAAUUACGUACUUACUUUCUGUACAUAUUUCCAAAAGUUUCAGUUCACACUCGUCGGGUUGAAAACUUUAUGAAAAAAAAACAAAAUAUAUAUAUGUAUAAAGAACUGAAACUUUUUACUACAAUAUAGAAUAAGAUAUAAUGGAGAUUUGUCUGUCUGUCUGUCUGUCUGUCUGUCUGUCUGUCUGUGUGUCUGUGUGUGUCUAUGUGAAUUUCCGUGUCUUAUUUUAUAUUAAUUUGUAUGGGCGUUAAACGAUUAUUUCCAUUUUUGUUAAGUGUUUUAAUAUAUAUUUGAGAGAGAGAGAGAGAGAGAGAGAGAGAGAGAGAGAGAGAGAGAGAGAGAGAGAGAGAGAGAGAGAGAGAGAGAGAGAGAGAGAGAGAGAGAGAGAGAGAGAGAGAGAGAAA